AUGGUUACUUUGUACUGUGCCGUAGUUGGUGUGGCUGGGAGCGCGUUCCCUGUGGACAUUGACGAGAGCAAGUCGGUGGGGCACUUGAAGGACGCGAUCAAGGAAAAGAGCGCAUCGACGAUCACAUGCGAUGCUAUUGGCCAGCAUGGCGAUCAGACGCCGAGUCGCCGAAGGCGGCGAAGAGUCGGUAGAGGCCAGACAGAUGCUGGUCAGAAUUAA